GUGAAGGAGAGAGAGAGAGAGAGUGUGUGAACGGGAGAGGGUAUAGAAGAGCGCGUUUCAGCGGAGAGACGCACAGUUUGCAGGAGGACAGCGGAGAGGCUGCACGUUUGUCUGCUCCCGAUCAGUUUUACGCACGCACGCCGGAGCUGCCUCUCCCAGGAGAUCUUGUGUUAUCUUUUGCGCAAGAACGGACUGUUAUCGGGACAGUGCAUCAAGAGGAAAAUCGAUGGGAGAAUUUUUUGUUCUUUCCCACUCACCACUUUUAGGCUCAGAAGUAAAUACGCAACUGGGAAAGGUUUGGGGAUAUUUUAUCGAGACGAGGAGGAAGCGCUCGCGUUACUUUUUCAGGUUUUAAUUUGAUUUAAUGGUUGUGGGCAGAUGUUUCCGUUGGUUCCUGGUGCCUUCAGCCAGUGAUUUCCACUUUGUUUCAAAUUUUACGAUUUUGUCUGUCAACCAGCGUGUCGACGAGGCUUCUAUUCCCACGCGCGUUGAGACUGACAGGGGGACACAGUGCUGCCGUCUGUGCGCACCGCAAUGGAUUUUGAGGGUUUAAAUUGUGUUUAGAGUAGAAAUCGUGCUGAUUGCAGAUCGAUUUGCGCAGAUUGGGUUUCCCAGCAGAAGAAGUGCACACUGUUUAAGCUCGUACAAAGAGUGUUUAACCGGCGCGAUAUUCUUGGAAAGCCCGGUGAACGCAGCCCGGCAUUUGCGGUGGACUUUGGGCACUUCUUGAGUUGCGCUCCAAAGAAACAGAGAACUGUGGAAAAGGAGAAGAAAAGGGGACUUUGGACUGCAGCUUUGUCUCAGAUAUACAGAAUAAAACCAUAGAGGAGGAGAAGAGGCGCUUUCCUCGGGAAAAGAUGGAUUUAUUCAUAUGGCUUUGUGGAUGUUUACUGGCUUUUCUCUUGCCUUCAGCAAUCAAAGCAGAGGAAGGAGCGUCGGAGCCAUGUGGCGGCUAUUUAGAUGCCAGCGACGCCGGCUACAUCACCACCCCCGGCUACCCGCUGGAGUACCCGCCUCACCAGAACUGUCGCUGGGUCAUCACAGCUCCUGAGCCUUCGCAGCGCAUCGUCCUCAACUUCAACCCGCACUUUGAGAUAGAGAAACUGGACUGCAGGUAUGACUAUGUGGAGAUCCACGAUGGGAACUCGGAGUCGGCCGACCUCCUCGGGAAGCACUGCAGCAACAUCGCCCCUGCGCCAAUCAUAUCGUCAGGGCCCUCGCUCCACAUCAAGUUCGUAUCGGACUACGCCCACCAGGGGGCGGGCUUCUCCCUGCGCUACGAAAUCUUCAAAACCGGUUCAGACUGCUCCCGUAAUUUCACCAGUCCCUUGGGCCUCAUUGAGUCCCCGGGCUUCCCCGACAAAUACCCCCACAACCUGGAGUGCUCCUUCAUCAUCAUUGUCCCGCCCAGCAUGGAUGUCACCCUCACCUUCCUCACCUUUGACCUGGAGAACGACCCCCUGCCGGGCGGAGACGGAGACUGCAAGUACGACUGGCUGGAAGUGUGGGACGGUCUGCCAGGAGUGGGCCCUCUGAUUGGUCGAUACUGUGGGACCAGGGUGCCUCCUGAGAUCCAAUCAUCUACCGGGAUUCUCUCUCUGUCCUUCCACACCGACAUGGCCGUGGCUAAAGAUGGCUUCUCGGCUCGAUACAACAUGACGCACAAGGAAGUCAGUGAGACUUUCCACUGUAGCAAUGCAUUCGGUCUGGAGUCAGGAAAGAUCACGGACGACCAGAUCACAGCCUCGUCAAGUUUCUACGAUGAGCACUGGCUGCCACGACAGGCCCGACUCAAUUACAAGGACAACGGAUGGACGCCCAACGAAGACAGCAACAGGGAGUACAUACAGGUGGACCUUCACACUUUAAAGGUGCUUACAGGUAUCGCCACCCAGGGCGCCAUUUCGAAGGAAACCCAAAAGGCUUACCAUGUCACCACCUUCAAGCUGGAGGUCAGCACCAAUGGCGAGGACUGGAUGGUCUACAGGCAUGGCAAGAAUCAUAAGGUUUUCCAUGCCAAUGCUGAUGCCACGGAGGUGGUCCUCAACCGGAUCCCGCAGCCGGUCCUGGCCCGCUUCGUACGAAUCCGACCUCAGACGUGGAAGAACGGCAUUGCGCUGCGGUUCGAGCUCUACGGCUGUCAGAUCACGGAUGCGCCCUGCUCAGAGCUGCAAGGCAUGCUGUCUGGGCUGCUUCCAGACUCCCAGAUCUCUGCGUCGUCCAUGAGAGACAUCCAUGGCUCCAUGGGGGCGGCCAGGCUGGUGGCCAGUCGGUCAGGCUGGUUUCCCAACCCGACACAACCAAUAGCUGGAGAGGAGUGGCUACAGGCGGACCUUGGCGUGCCCAAGACGGUGCGUGGCAUUAUUACCCAGGGUGCCAGAGGGCUGGAGGGCAGCACCAGCGCUGAGAACAGGGCGUUUGUCAGGAAGUACAAACUGGCGCACAGCUUGACCGGCAAAGACUGGACUUACAUCACUGACAGCAAGACUGGGUUUGCUAAGAUUUUCGAGGGAAACGGCCACUACGAUACUCCAGAGGUGCGGAGGUUUGAUGAGAUAGUGGCCCAGUACAUCAGAGUGUUUCCAGAGAGGUGGUCGCCUGCUGGGAUCGGCAUGAGGAUGGAGGUCCUCGGCUGCGACCUGCCCGAAACCACCACUGUACCUGACACCGUGACCCCCACCCUGCCCAGAGAGGAACAGACGACUGCUGCAAUGAGACCCGCCACCACGCCGUCCCUGUCGGCCGUAUGCGACUUUGAGCAGAGCUUGUGCGGCUGGUCGGCUGAUCCCCAGUCAGGCGUGAGCUGGUCCCUGCACACGGCCAGCAGCAGCAGCUCGGCCGGACACGGCGCACAUGGAACGAGGCAGGAUUUGGCGCUGGGAUCAGACAACUUCUCAGGGAACUACCUCCACCUGGACGCAGGCGCCCACACCCAGCGCAAGCGAGCCCGGCUGCUGAGCCCCGAGGUGGGGCCGGAGCAAGGCCCGCUCUGCCUCGUCUUCUACUACCAGCUCCAGGGGGAGGCACAGGGGAGCCUGAGGGUCCUGCUGAGGGACAGUGACCAGGAGGAGACGCUGCUCUGGGCUCUAAAAGGAGACCAGGGGUCUCACUGGAGGGAGGGCCGCACCAUCCUGCCCCAAAGCCCCAAGGAGUACCAGGUGGUGUUCGAGGGGUUUUUUGAUCACCCGACCAGAGGCCACAUCAGAAUAGAUAACAUCCACAUGAGCAGCAGCAUCGAGCUGGAGCAGUGUACACAGCCUCUCCCUGCCUUAACUCCUGGCAUAACCAAGCCCAGGCCCAUGGACUUCGGAAAAGAUCCUGUUUUCAACCACAAGCAGCCCAUCGAUGGAGACUACGUCUUCCCAGGGUGGCCAUCCUCCUUCUCCACCCCCUCCUCCUCUGAUGUGGACCCCCCCUCCGUCACCUUGGUGUCAGAGAAAGACAAGGACAACGCCUGGCUGUACACGCUGGACCCCAUCCUCCUCACCAUCAUCGUGAUGAGCUCUCUGGGCGUCCUGCUGGGGGCGGUGUGCGCGGGACUCCUCCUCUACUGCACCUGCUCCUACAGCGGGCUUUCGUCGCGCUCCUCCACAACGCUGGAGAACUACAACUUUGAGCUGUACGACGGGAUAAAGCAUAAAGUGAAGAUAAACCAGCAGAGGUGCUGCUCAGAGGCAUGAAGAGGAGGAGGACUCUGGAGAACGAUGGGGAGGGACGCGUCCCGUGAUCCCCUGCAAAAGUCAUUUUGUUCUCGGCUUGGACAAAGAAAACACGAAGCACUAUCUGUUACUUCAAUCCCCAGCACCCCCACCUAGUAUCCUGCUCUGAUGUCUAAAGGGGUAACGUUCAACCCAGAGUUUCCUCACCUAUGUGCUAUGAGGCCUAAACUGGGGGAACACCUGACCCCAAGUCCCCCCUACCUACAGUACCACAUCUCCUCCGCCUGCAGGAGAGAGCCUGCUCGAUUCUAAAAGCCUGUGAAUGAAUGAAGGAAUGAAUAAAUGAAUAUGAAUGACAGAUCUAUCAUAGAAUAUAACCCACCAGCCAUUGGCAUGAAGCUAGAGAGGAGACGGACUACAGCACCCAUGACAAUCUGGACAUUUGGACCACAGAUGACAGCACAGUCUUGGGUGUUUGUAUAAAAUCUUGGUCAUGGGAUUCUUAAUGAAGAAGAGAAUUUCAUUAACAUGCACCCAUGACUGGCACUCUGCAGGGGGGCGUUUGUCCUCAUUAUCUUGAAUUUGAAUGUGGCCAAUAGAGACGGCAUGCAGAAAUGAAAAAGUCUCAGCUUCUGACUGUUCGUGAAGGCUUCAGCACCAGUGGACCAUUUUAACGUGGGUACUUUUGACUGAAAUCAACACAUAUCAAGCGAAUGCCUACCCCCCCCUCCCCCCCAAAGAAGUUUAAAAGAUAUCAACUGAAAUGAAUCUAGAUUUCUAAAGGCGAUGAAGGAAAAGAGGAUGAAAAAGGACCUUUUCUUUUUGUUCUGAAAGUUUUAGAUAUGAGUUCUGUGAGUUUGAAACGUCCAUUAGCCUGCCAUGUGGCGCUCGCUCGCUCCUUUGUCUGCCCUCGGUCUGCGCUUUGUGAAACCAGUGGCAUAGAAGAGUAAUGGUGACUGUUUUUGUUUUGUUUUAGGCUCGUGUCUACUUGGGAAAAAAAAAAAAAGUAAAGAAAAGCCAGCUUCAGUUCGUAGCCGCCCUGUAGAGCUCUUACGCCAUUUUUAGACUUUCUUUAGCGUUGUGUUGGACUCCAUGGUCUUAACUGUUACUUCAGUCCUUUUCUAUUUUGGCACAUUUUCCAUUACAGAUUAUCAGUCUUUACAAAGAGUAGAGGAACGUUAAAGGAAGGUGGAGGACAGAAAAUCAGAGGUUUAUCUAAAUCUAACAUGCUGUUAUGGAGUCGUGCUUUAGAUUCAAUAUUCUAGGGUUUGUCUUUGGUAUAUAUCUAUAUUUUUUUGCUUUUCAGACUGUAUGAUGCCCAAAUGAUGGACAGACACUGUGUGAACAAAAUGUCAGUGAUUGUUUUAUUGCAACCUAUGGAUUGCCAAAGAGCUGUGUAUGUGCACAGGGGGUCUGAACGAGUGUUAAAGAGGCCGGUUGGUGAACGGACAGCGAGCGAUACAUCGUGCUGCCUGUUAUCCGCCGGUCUUAGCGUCACCCCCUGAAUGAAGGACGCUCAAAAAAACGGAAGGAGGUGGAAACGACUAAAGGAGGAGAACGGAAAUCAUACCGUCGACUUUCUUGGACACACAAUCGAGCCUUAAGCUAACUACAGUAUACGCUGUAUCGGAGGACAGCCAUCGAGGAGGGCCAGUGCUGCUGGAGAGACUGAUGAACAGGAGGAGACGCAAACACGCACACACAAACACACACACACACACACAGAAAGACAGACAGGAAGAAAGAGAGCGUGGACGAAAAAAAUUAUGGUGGUUAUGUUUACAUGCAGGAGAAGAAGAAGUCCAAUCAUCAAACUAGUAGUGGACCUACAGACAUAUGCAGGUUGCAUGGGAACAUCUUGGUGCAGCUGUUUCACAUGAGUCACAUUCAUGUGCCACAUUUUUGGCUUCAACUAAAUACAUUUCGGUGGAAACUUAAAGGCACCCUGCGGCGGUUUUAAAGAAGGCGACGUUAAGCUAAAAGCAUGAGCAACAAUGCAGGAUUUUAAAUUAUGAGGGAAAAAGAGGUUUUGUUUUAUGAGGAAGGAAAUGCAUUCGAUUCAUUUGCUACAACCAGUUUUAAUGAGGAACACCGAAUCUAAGCAUUGCUUUGUAUUUUUAGACGAAAACUCCAGGGUACCUUUAAUGCCUCCCAGAAUGCUUUUUUAUUAACAUAUCAACAAAAUGCUGAUGUUAAACAUAUCUGCAGCCUUUUUCAUGUCCUUUUCCUACAAUAUGCACACAUGUGGCAACUAAAGCAUCAUUUGAGUUUUUAUGCUUAUGGUUAGACAGUUAUAAACAAUCUCUAAAAGUUCAAUGAGAGGUUGUAAGAAAAUGAAAAAUUAGCACAUUAGCUGCAUAUGAAUGGAAGUCAUGGGAGACUGAUGCAUUAUGGGUAUAUUUUUACAUAAAAUAUAAAACAUGGCAGCAGAUAGACUUGACAUCUCUUUUCCUUGCAUUUGAACUAAACUAUCUGCAGCUAAACAUGACACAUUUGGGCUUGCAGACUUGUUGGAACUGUGGGAACAUUUAAUUAACUUGUCGACACGGUCAGUCAAAGUCUGUGAAAGAUUCGUAUGAGAAGGUUCGUCGGCAGGUGAUUCUCCGCAUGUAAACAUAUCCGAUGAGAUGCUCAGCUGACAGAUGGAGAGGACAGGCAGCCAAUGAGAUGAACAGAAUGAAACAUGAGACUGUCAGCAGGACAGGUGGACGGUGAGAGAGACAACACAGUGAGAAGGAUUAAAAACAAAGAGACAAGAAACCAAAAGGCAGAGCGGGAGGCGAGUCAGCGAUUCAGACAUUUAAAAAAUGUCUCCCUGCCUGCUUUGUAUUUUUCUUUCUCUCUCUGCUUGGCUGCAGCAGAUGAAGGUCAAUCCCAGAAAGUCCUCUUUGUUAGUCUCUGAAUCUGUCAACUAUCCAGGCCAAGUUGUUGUCUUCUGGGGGGGUGAAUUUAAAGAGCAAAAGAGAGGAAACACUUGUUGUAUGUUCGCCUGGAGCCCCCGGUCUCUCUCUUUUCUCAUUUCUCCAUGUUUGAGGGCGUGCAUGGAUACAACCAGGAGGCCUGCUGAGAUGAAACAAAGAAAACAAGGGAAUUGUAAAAAGGUGUUGAAAGAUGGUCAGAGGAGGAGAGAUGGAGGGGGGAACAAUGGAGAGAGGUGGAGGGGGAAACGAUGGAGAGAGAGGUGGAGGGUUUUCUGUCCAUCUAACUGUCUUUUCAUUGGACUGUUUUCCAAGUGCCUUGGAGGUCUCUUAUAAUGUCUCUCUAUCUCUCUCUCUCCUUCUCUCUCUCUCUCUCUCACACACACACACACACACACACACACACACACACACACACAUGAAACAGCAACAUUACUGAUCAGUGAGUACAGAAACACACACUUUUGUCUCUCUCUCUUUCCUUCUGGAAGUCCAGAUAGUAUUACCUCUUCUGUCUCGAUGGAUUCACACAUGUACACACUGACAAACACACACUCACACACAGACAAAUGGACACUUCAUUAAGGCGCGCGCACACACACACACACACACACACACACACCCCUACGGCACUGGCCAGAUAACUCAAACUGUUGUUUGUAGACUUUGUACAGAAAAAUUUCUUUUUUAAUGUUAUUAUUAUUAUUUAAUAAAG